AUGGCAGCUGAGUCUUUCCGCGCAUGUUGGAUUGAGAAAGAUGGCGCCAGCCUACAGAUGGAGCUGAAACAGGUCCCCUUUGAAGAGCUUGCCACUGGUGAGGAAUAUGUCAGGGUGAAGGUUGAUUACUCUGGCGUAAAUUACAAGGAUGGCAUGGCGAUCUGCGGCAUAUAUGGUGUGGUGGAGACUCUUCCCCUCAUCACUGGCAUUGAUUUUGCGGGAACCGUGGAUGAGACGAAAGCAGGUUUCAAGAAAGGAGACCGUGUCAUCAUGACAGGCUAUGAGAUGGGUCAGAAAUUUCAUGGUGGUCAUGCCGAGUAUGCAUCUGUCAAAGCAGCUUGGUUGGUGCCAUUGCCGGAGGGCCUGUCACCGAUAGAUGCAAUGACCAUCGGUACGGCAGGUUUCACAGCUGCCUUGUGCAUCAAGGCCCUGGAAGACAGCGGUUUCGACAAAUCGAAGCCAAUCCUGGUCACUGGUGCGGAUGGUGGUGUAGGGAGCGUCGCAGUGUAUCUGUUGGCGCAGAAAGGCGCUACUGAGAUUGUUCCUGCCUUGAGCACCGACAGCAAGGCCUUAGAUGAGCAAAGGUGGGGUGGGGCCAUUGAUGUAGUUGGUGGUCCGACGAUUCCAACCAUCUGCUCCCAAAUGGCCUACGGCUGUACACUUGCCACCUGCGGAGUGGCUGGAGGGCCUGCAAUCAAGACCACUGUCUACCCCUUCAUCAUCCGAGGUGUGAAGCUUUAUGGCGUCGACUCCGUCUUUGCCUCGACUGAGGAUCGCAAGCUCGCAUGGUCCGACCUGGCGAAAGUUCCGCCAGAGGUCUGGCGAGAAAUGCGCAAGGAGGUUGCACUUGAUGACCUGCAGGAGGUGGCAACGCAGAUCCUGGCGGGUAAAAUUCGUGGCCGUGUGGUUGUGAACCUUGCGUUGAAGGGCCCUCAGCUGGCAAAGGCCGAGGUCGAGCAAGAAGAUGUCGAGGCACUGAAGCAGCAGUGCCUGUCCUUGCGCAAGUCCCUCACCGCAACAUCGAAG